ACGAAUAUCGUUCGGAAAAGGGCGGAGUUAGGAGACAGCAAAAAUCUUUCUGUUGCCGGCAUCGAAAGCAACAAGUUCGCAACUUACAGUAUCUGGAUCAAAUUUAGCAAUCCAUGUGAUCUAUUUGCAGAUUCAUUUUCGGAUAUAAUUUUCAACACCCUCCGAAGAAGAAGUGAAAUGAUCGGCUGAAGGUGUCGUUCGUCUCAAAUAGAUUCGAUAAUGGCCUCGAGAAACGAGGAGAUUUAGAAAACUUAACUUUUUUAAAGUGACAUCAGUGGAAGUCUAAUGCGCAUGCGUUGUGGAUGCGAGUGUGUCUUCCGCGAGUAAGAUCUCUUCUUCUUCCCCAUCCCUGGAUCCAAGAGGCAAAACACUCUGACUUGAGGUAGAACUUUGGAACAUUUCGUUCUUUACCAUCUCAGGUGUCAUGCCAGUCGGAAGGUCCCUCCAAUAUUACCUCCUACGGCUGUGGUUUUCGGGGCCUUGCCGAUACCACGAGGACCCCUCGUAAGGCCGUGUUAUAUCUUUAAUAAUCAAAAAUUUAGAGCUUUAUUUAUACAUAUUUAUAUGUUCAUCAAUUUUUUUUGUGGUGUAAACGUUCUUUCUACAAAGUGUCAUAUUUCAUUGUUUCUAUUUUGUGCAGUGUUUAGUUUAAUUUUUGUUUAAAAUUUAUAUUUAUUUUUUAAAAAGAAAUAAUUUUGAGGUAUAGGAAAGUUUUUUUAAAAAAUAUAUUUAUUUUCGAACAGUUCAUCUUUACUCAUUAUCAGAAUUUAAAGCCCUUAUUGCAGCUGUGUUGAGACCUUUAUCAUAAAUGGAUAGUGACCUUUGUGAACAAGUACCCUCUGUACAUUUUACUCUGUGUUCCUAUGUGAUUAACAAACCUUCUCGAAGAACAUAUUCUACGAUUUGGACAACGUUUAUUGGAUAGUCUGUUUACUUUUGCGUAGUUUCUAGUCGUGUGGACUUUUCAACUAACCCAAACAAACGAUUUUCUUAGGAUCUUAGGACAUAAUCCUAGUUUUUUUUUCAACUGCCUCACCUUAGAGCAAUCUUGAUAGGUCAUGCGCCUCCCCUACAUCUACCAAAUCCUCCGGCAUCUUCUGCUGGUCUUCCUUUGCUUGAGUUCCUUGUGGUUGGUCACUCCUUGCCUGGACAUAAGCACAAACAACACCUCAGAGUUGUGUCUGGACGGUAAAAAACAAUCGAAACAGCGUCGUCACAAUGACAACUUUUCGAUGAAAGCUUUGAUGGAUGCAGCCCAAACAAGAGCUUAUUUGUCGCCGGCUGUGUUUCUGGGCACACUGAGGAGUGUCCUUGUGCAGCGAGAUGGAACAAUCCGAGCAUGGUUUGCGAUGGACAAUGCCCUCAAAACGAACACCUCCAAAGGUGGCACUUCCAGUAAGGAGGACACCGAGGUUGUGUAUUACAGAAGUGGAAACGAACUGUGUUUGCUGGAGGUAAAUCAGAACAACUUGAAACUGGGCAGCCAGUAUCUUGUGUUUGGUGUGCCGUCAGCAAAAUAUGCUUGGCCUUCGGUCACUGCCACUGCUUUACCCAUUCCGAACGAUAAACGAAUCUUGCGAGCGGUUAAGAAGGUCAUUUGCAAAGAUUGUGCUAAAGCUCCCAGUAUAUCUGGUCUCCAAAAUGUACGAGAACAAGAAGGGACUAAAAUCCAACUACAUUGUCAUCUCGAAGGCAAUCCUAUACCGUGGGUUGAAUGGUAUAAGAAUGGAGUCGAAAUUGAAAGAAGAGGUCGAAUACGGGUCAAAACAAAAAGAAGGACCUCAAGACUUACAAUUAGAAAAGCUCGUACUUCCGAUAGGGGGACGUACGAGUGUAGAGCUGGAAAUGUAGUUAGUGAAGAUUCCAUAUCUGCCUCAACCACGGUUGUUGUAACAAGAAAGAAAACAACUAAAACAACCACCAAAAAGCCCACAACCACCACCUCAACAACCACCGUGCAACCUACAACAACACAAUCUAGUCCAUGGACGACAGAGCCCUGUCCAACUUCAGAUUUCUGCCUCAAUGGUGGCACAUGUGUAUUUUAUAGAGUAGUCAGAGAAUACGUUUGCCAUUGUGCGGAUGGAUUCGUUGGCCUAAGAUGUGAUUACAAAGAUGUAAGCAUUUCUGUGGGGGAAGUUAGAAAUAUGGAUCAAAGCUACGAUCGUCUCUUCAUUGCCAUUUUGGUUCUCUUUCUGAUUUUCUUUUGUUCAAAUUGGGCUUGUGUUGGUAUUUGCUGGUUAUGUUGUUUAAGGUGUCAACGUAAGGAUAAUAACUGGGGAAAAUUCCGAGAUUUGACUUUACUGCAGAAGUUUCUUAAAAGCAAGAACUGGUCUGACGACGAUAAAGUAUCAGAUAAUGUUGAUGUAGAACUCAGUGAGAGCAAAAACGGACGAAGUGACGACAAAUUUAGAACCAAAACGACGGACCAAUGAGCAUCACUGAAGAUAUUUGGAUAAAAUGAACUUCUUGGUAUAGUCCAAGACACUCUUUCGAUAUCUGAUAGAUGGUCAAAUUGAGAAAAGUGCCUCAGGAAUAAAGAGUAUCAAUUUAUGUAUUUUUCAGCAUCCAUUUCAAUGUGCAAUUCUUUUCAAUGUCAUUCAACUCUACGCCUUCUGUGCAACAACUUAGAAUCAAAAUUUUUAUAAUACUAUUUGUUUUUUACUAAUAUGUAUUUGUCAUUAAUGUAUUUAAAUACUUUAAUACUUUUUCCUCCAGCAUGUGUAUCAGAGAUAAAGAAUCAAAUACAAUUUUGCAUUUAUAUAUUUUUUCCUCCUUUAUUCUUAAUAACUAAUUUAUUUUCAUUCGCUUAACUGUAGCAAUGAAACACUAUCUUGUAUUUUUUAACUAUUAAUAAUCAAAACUGCUGCAAUGUUGCAAAUUUUGUAAUUCCUCGUUUGUAGUAUUUAGCAAAUUAAGAAUUGUUAAAUACUACAUAAGAAGACGAAUUUCUCAAAAAUACAAACGAGAUUUCGGAAAAUUUCUAUUUUAAAAUUCUUUAUUUCAAUAAUUUAUUUAUUUAUGAAAUUUUUACAUAUACUAGUCGUCUUUGAGAGUAUUUAAUACAAAUAUACUAUUUAUUUAAAUUUUUAUUAGUUCUUUUACUGAAAUUAAUAAGUUUAAGACUAAUUGUGUUUUUAUAGGAACAUUCCUGGAACUAUUAUAAAGUAGAGCUCCUGUACUUAACGUAGUUGGAGAGUUACGACUAGCGGCUUCAAAUUUACGAUAGAGAUAUUUCUAUCAGUUACAACAGUUUGCAAAAUUUUUCUCAAACUUAACCUUUUUACACCACGUUGAAAUGGCGUUUACUUUAUCAAGCUAUAUUUUUUUUAACCAAUCAAAGAACAUUCUAAACUAGGGCAUUUUUGUUUCUUUCGGUAAGUUUCGACUGCACACAUGGAGUUUUGGCUAAUUACACAUUGUUGUACGUGUAUCGUAAUUUUCUAACUACGUUAGAUGCAGGGACUCUAUCACGAAUUAAACAUCCAAUAUUUAAAUAUUGUAAUACAUUUUUCAAACUUAUAUCUUUUUCUAGUCCAUUUCGGAUCAAAAGUGAAAAGCAUUUCAGGGUUUUCUCCCAGUGAAACACAUAA